AUGCCUGUUAAUCAUAGCCCUGAGAGUCAAGGUGCAGAGGGUGUAGAAAAGCCUGAACGGCCAACAUGUACUAUAUGUAAUGAUAACUUGAACUCAGAUGAUAAAACUGUUACUUCAUGUAACCACUCCUUUCACACUCCAUGUCUUGCCAGGUGGUUGGAAACCAGCCAAACCUGUCCCAUUUGUAGACAAUCUUGCAACUCUUUAGACUUAAGUUCUCAAAAUCAAAUUCCUUCGAGAAAUGAUCCAUCCACAUCUCGUAAUAGAGGUGCUAUUCCCCGUGAUAGACCUAAUACUAGAUUGUAUGCACAACAACAUCAAAGAGGCUUAGGAUCGUUUGAUACUAUGCAAUCCCCUGUAAAUAGACGUCGUACAACCAAUUUUUCAAAUAAUCAUCUUUCAGAACAAAGAGUUCAACACAUUAUAACAGAAUCCUUAAAUGCGUUUAGAACCGACUUUUCUGCAGUUAUUACUGCAGAAUUGCAAUCUAUGUUUCAAAAUUUAAAUAUCGAAGCUAAUCGCAAUAAUAUUCCAAAUUCGAGGGAUCAUGUCACUAAUCGUUCGAAUACACGAAACCCUGUAAAUAAUACUUCGAAUAUUCAAAAUUUAGUUUCAGAACCUCCGCCUGAAUGGCCUGAGGAUAAUCCAUUUAGAGCCAAUCAGACUUUUGAACCAACUGCUCAUAGAAGAAGUGGUCCCAAUCUAUUACCACUAAUCUCUGGCAAUAUUACCAAUGAUACCCAUAAGAUUUCUAAUUUAAUUUACAAUUGGCAUAUAAAGUAUAAUGGCUCGGAUGAUAGUAUUUCAGUGGAUGAGUUUAUCUACAGGAUAAACACUCUCACUUCGAUUCACUUAAAUGGCAAUUUCAAUUUGCUCUGUGAACAUGUUCAUUCAUUAUUUGAGGGCAAAGCACUUAAAUGGUUUUGGAGGUAUCACCGUCAGGCAGAUUCAACCCUGGUUUGGUUUGAUAUUUGUGAUGCUCUCCGAAGACAAUUCAAAGAUACAACCACAGAUUACGACAUAAAAGAUGAUAUGAGACGUCGAAAACAAAAAAUUAAUGAAAAUUUCGACACAUUCUUGGAAUCGAUGAUGUAUUUGAGUGAUAGACUUAGAAUACCAAUCGGGGAAACUGAAUUAGUUGAAAUAAUAAUAAGAAAUUUGAAAGCAGACUUACGUCAUGAAUUGCUUCAUUUGAAUAUAUCCGAUUUAUCUACACUAAGAAAAGAGGCCCGAAAACACGAAAAGUUUUUUGAAGACUUAGUGUCAAGCAGCUCUCAUAGGCCAAAAUAUUCUCGUCCUCAAAUCUCCGAAAUAGUUCGUGAAAUUCCAAUAGAGUCCCAAGAGUUACUGGGUGAGGAAAUAUCUAAGGGGAUUAACGAGAUUAAUGAGAUAGGUGCAUAUAUAUCAAAAUGUUGGAACUGUGAUGGUGUGGGCCAUCGAUACCAUGACUGUGUUGCUCCACGACGUAUCUUUUGCUAUGGCUGUGGGGCCAUUGAUACAAUAUUUUCCGAAACACCUAUAUCUAAGAAACGACUAAGGUCGAAAUUGCGUAUUCGUUCUUACUGGGGUCGCAGAAAACAGCUUAAAAACGUAAUAAUUUCUAGCAUUGUUAACACUGAGGGAGAUUCCAGGCCAUAUGUUAAGGUAAUUAUCAUGAGUAGGACAAUAUUAGCACUUUUGGAUAGCGGGGCGAAUAGAUCCUGUAUUGGCGGAAGUUUAGCUGAGGAAAUUUUAUCUGAUACAACAUUUAGCGUGGAUAGGUUUAAGGGAAAGGUAAGGACGGCAGAUGGCCAAAAUCAACAGGUCGUGGGUUCGAUUUCCCUGGAUAUUAAAUACAAUUGCAUUUCGAGGAAAAUUGAGUUAUUAAUUGUUCCAAGUUUGAGGCAAAGUCUAAUUUGCGGUAUUGAUUUCUGGAAUAGUUUUGGUCUUGAAAUUUUGCAACCUACAAUAAGUGAGGUUUUGUCCGAAGAUGAUAAUUCUGAGGUAUUUAAACUGAACCCCAAUGAUUUGCGAAAGCUUAACGCUGCCAUUGCGUCAUUUCCAUCUUUCGAGAUGGAAGGUUUGGACAAAACAACACUUAUAGAGCAUGUAAUUGAUACUGGAACCGCUAGGCCUAUAAAACAGCGAUAUUACCCUAUCUCUCCUGCUCGGGAAAAGGUAUUAUGUCAGGAGAUAGAUAGGAUGCUACAGUUGGGAGUAAUAGAGGUAUCCGAAAAUUCACCCUGGUCAUCACCAGGUGUAUUAUUGGUAAAACCAGGCAAAGUAAGAUUUUGUCUGGAUUCCCGUAAAUUGAAUGAUGUUACCACAAAAGACGCCUACCCUAUCCCAAAUAUUGAUGGUUUGAUUUCUCGAUUGCCUCCAGUGAAUAUUAUAUCCAAAAUAGAUUUAAAGGACGCCUUUUGGCAGAUUGAGCUGUCAAAAGAGUCCCGUCCAAAAACGGCCUUCACUGUCCCCAACCGACCAUUGUAUCAGUUUGUGCGUAUGCCUUUUGGGCUAUGCAAUGCCCCACAAACAAUGUGUCGCUUGAUGGACAAAGUGAUUCCGUACGAUCUGAAAGGACAAGUAUUUGUUUAUUUGGACGAUCUACUUGUGGUAUCGCAUUCACUGGAUGAGCAUAUUGUGCACCUUCUACAAGUGGCAUCUCUGCUGAGAAAAGCAGGCCUUACCAUCAAUAUCGCAAAAAGUAAAUUUGGCUUGAGAAGCGUGAAAUAUUUGGGAUAUGUGGUGGGAAAUGGAACCCUUAUGGUGGAUCCAGACAAGGUCAUAGCGAUCUCUGAAUAUCCCACUCCGAAAACUGUUAGACAAUUGCGCCAGUUUUUAGGUCUAGCAGGCUGGUAUCGACGUUUCGUCGCAGAUUAUGCAUCAAUUACAUUUCCUCUGACUGAACUUCUGUCGAAAAAGAGAAACUUUAUGUGGAACUGCGAUGCCCAACUUGCCUUUGAGACUCUCAAAACGUGCCUGACAACUGCACCCUUUUUAUCGCACCCAAAUUACAAUAAGCCCUUUAUUGUCCAAUGCGAUGCUAGUCAGUAUGGAGUAGGCGGGGUUUUGGCUCAAUGUGAUGACAACGGCGAUGAAAGACCAAUCGCAUUCAUGUCCCAUAAACUGAAUAAAGCUCAGAGGAACUAUUCGGUUACCGAGCUGGAAUGCUUGGCCGUGGUGUUGGCCAUAAAAAAAUUUCGUGCUUAUAUUGAGGGGCACCAGUUUAAGGUGGUGACGGACCAUGCUAGCCUCAAAUGGCUUAUGGGCCAAAAAGAUUUGAGCGGCAGGCUAGCAAGAUGGGCCCUGAAAUUACAGGGUUACCACUUUUCAAUUGAACACCGUAAAGGGAGGGAGAAUGUUGUGGCAGACGCGUUAUCGCGAACAUUUGAUGGAGGAGAUUUACUUGUAGAGGAGCUGGAAAUAGAUUCUUUUCCCAUUAUAGACUUGUCGUCAGAUGCAUUUGACUCGGCCGAAUAUAGCAAUUUACGUGAUAAGAUUGAGAAGGCAGAAUUGCCUCAUUUUAGGAUAAUAGGAAAAUUUAUAUAUCAUAAAAUGGAGUUUGAAAAGGGUACGGAAAGGGAUAUGUUAAUAUGGAAAUUAUUGGUUCCCAACGAACUAAGGAAUGAAGUCUUGAUUGCUUCUCAUGAUCAACCUUCAUCCUCUCAUGGAGGGAUCGCAAAAACCCUUGACAGGAUUCGAAGAUAUUUUUAUUGGCCAGGGAUGGUUGCCGAUGUCAGGAGAUAUGUUGCCAAAUGUGAGUUGUGUACAACCUCUAAAACCCCAACAUAUACAUUACGUCCUCCAAUGGGUCAAAUGGCCGAAUCUCAGAGACCAUUCCAACGACUCUACGUGGACUUUAUAGGACCAUUUCCCCGAACGGUAAGUAUUUAA